UGUUGAGCUUCAUCGUCAUCUUUUUCGCUGCGGAAGAACGAUGUUUUCCGUGCGCAGCUCGCGAUAGUAUCUCGAAACUGAAGGUGUCGCUAAUCCAGAGAUUCCCGUCUGAUCGUGAUUGAUUACGGAAACAUCUAACUACAAGCUUUGUCGACAACGGCAUCGAGCUCGCCACGAAACGUGUAAUACAAAUGCUCACUGCUACGGAAGCCGAUCAUUCCCCACUGUCAGCAUCAUAUAUUGAGUAGUGAAGAAGUCAGAACGAUAGAGCCAACAGAAAACAAACGUUGCCGGCACGAUGCCAGGCUUCAAACCCGGGAUCAAAAUCAGUCUCAGCGCCAAGAAAGACGACGGCGCUGAGUCCAAAACGAAGCCGAAACCCACCGUGGCCGAAGUUUUCAAUGAUGACAGUGAAUCAGAAGAAGAAAUGCCAGCAGAAGCUCGCAUUAGAAUGAGGAAUAUCGGCAAAGACACUCCCACGUCGGCCGGACCCAAUAGUUACGGGAAAACGAGUCGAGGCUUCACCGACCGACGAGCCGAGCUCGAGAAGAAACUCCGACUGCAACUUGAGGAAGCGGCAGCGGAAGCCGAGAAACGCAAACUCCAGGCGGAGGAGUCGGGUGAUGCGGCGAAACGGCCUAGAAAGGCGGAAGACGCUGCGAAGAUCUCCAAGAUAAAUGACGUUUUCACCGACACCGUCCAGGAAGAUCCCGAUAGCAGUUGAUGUAUAUAGGGAAACGCUUCAAGAUGAUUUAUUUUUGCCGUUACUGUCGGGCAACAGCAGCAACGACACUUGUAAAAGACGACGUAUUCUUUGGACGUUGUUCGUAUCCUUCUCUCCGUCUAGGGUAUUGCAUUGCGCAGCUUUUAUGAUUCUCGACUAUGAAAUUUCAUCUUCCUCUGAAAUCAUGGAGCGAGUCUGGUAGAAAAAGUCGAGGGUCGAUGGAACAUGAACAAAGAGGAGCGAGUCGAGCGUGCCGGUCCUUCCCAGGCGGAGCGGAUCGAGAGUUCAAUUGGUCGGAGUCAAGAAA